AUGCCUGACGCUUCAGACCCCCAAGCUGUCACCCGCUACCUGGAGCAGUCGCACGACAAGAUCUUCGAGAGCAACCGCGCUUGGGUCGCUGCGAAGAAGAAUGCCGACCCCGAGUUCUUCACCAAGCUCGCGGCCGGUCAGGCUCCUGACUACCUCUACAUCGGCUGCUCCGACAGCCGCGUCCCCGCAAACGAGAUCAUGGGUCUCGACGCCGGCGAGGUCUUCGUGCACCGCAACAUCGCGAACGUCGUCCCCACAAUCGACCUGAGCUCCAUGUCCGUCAUCAACUACGCCGUCCGCCACCUGCAGGUCAAGCACAUUGUCGUCUGCGGCCACUACAACUGCGGCGGUGUCAAGGCCGCCCUCACACCGACCGACCUGGGCAUCCUCAACCCCUGGCUGCGAAACAUCCGCGACGUCUACCGUCUGCACGAGAAGGAGCUUGAUGCUAUCGCCGAUGAGAAGGCGCGGUUCAACCGCCUGGUUGAGUUGAAUGUUGUCGAGUCGUGCCGCAGUGUCAUCAAGACUGCUGUUGUGCAGCAGAGCUACGAGGAGAACAAGUACCCGAUUGUGCACGGUUGGGUGUUUAACCUGGAGGAUGGGCUUCUUCGCGAUCUGAAGAUUGAUUUCGAGGGGAUGUUGAAUGAUAUCAAGAAGAUCUACAACCUUACCUCGUCAUAA